AUGCAUGCAUCGGCAAAGCCACGCUUAGCCAAAGGAUUACUUCAACCCACAAGCACCAACACACGCCCAUUGAGCACUUCACAGACGUCAUCCAUGUCGGGACCGCAACCGCGUUUUCUCUCACGCGGCCACACAUAUCGCGCCGUGGUGGGCGACACUCUGGUGCUGCCGUGUCAAGUUGAAAAUUUGGGAAAUUUCGUUUUGUUGUGGCGACGCGGCAUCAACGUGCUCACUGCCUCCAAUAUAAUGGUGACAAGGGAUGAGCGCAUAAGACUGAUAGAUGGUUAUAAUUUAGAGAUAUCAGAUUUAGAGCCACAAGAUGCUGGGGAUUAUGUUUGUCAAAUCAGUGACAAAAUAAAUCGUGAUCAAGUGCACACUGUGGAAAUAUUGGUCCCACCAAGUGUACGAGCCAUACCCACCUCUGGUCAAUUGCAAGCACGCAAGGGUGGACCAAUCACUUUGGAAUGCAAAGGCUCCGGGAAUCCUGUACCAUCGAUUUAUUGGACCAAAAAGAGUGGCGCUGGCAAAUCAUCGGCACGCAUUGGCGACGGUCCAAUUUUGACACUGGAGAAACUCGAGCGUCAACAGGCUGGAGUCUAUCAAUGCACCGCAGACAAUGGAGUCGGUGAUCCGGUUACAGUCGAUAUGCGGUUGGAUGUUUUAUAUCCGCCAGACAUACAAGUGGAAAAGUCAUGGAUACAUUCGGGUGAAGGCUUUGAGGCUAAGCUGGUGUGCAUAGUCUUCGCUGAUCCAGUGGGCACGGUGUCCUGGUACCAAAACUCAUUUCCGAUACAAACGACCGAUAGGCGAAUUAUGUCAACAAGAGGAAAUCGACACACGCUGACCAUACGGCACAUACAGCAGGAGGACUUUGGCAACUAUAGCUGUGUGGCCGAUAACUCACUCGGACGUUCGCGCAAAUACAUGGAGUUGUCUGGACGUCCAGGCCCAGCUGAAUUUUACUCGCCGAAAUGGGGUCGCUCAUCGGAUAGUUACAAUCUGACAUGGAAAAUUGAUAGCUACCCGCCGUUGGAGGAGGUGCGUCUGCUCUACAGGCGUGUGCUGAUGAAUGACACAUUCCAGCAGCCCGGCAGGUGGCACGACUUCAUACUAACACCCGAGCAUCGUCCCGCAUCGGAGCCACUCACACACAUUAUGUCGUACACCAUAAAGAAUCUGCACCCUGGCGCUUACUAUGAGGCGAUAGUGCAGGCGAAAAAUCGCUACGGCUGGAAUGAGGUCAGCGAUAUCUUUCAAUUUAUCGUCGCCAGCAAUACCAUGGACAUACCGCCGGAAGACGCCGAAGUGGUGGCCAGCUCCAAGUCGCGCAGCAACUCUGCCGCCACCGGCAGCACGCAAUUGCCACCGCACACGCACAGUCGCACCGUUGCAUGGUGUGCGCUCUUAACCAUCGCUGCGAGUUGCUUUCUCCAGCAUCGACAGCAGCAGCGACAAAGUGCCCUUAACGUGGGAUAAACGAAGUAAGCGCGCGCUAGGAAGUGAGCGAGAAUGCGUGGACGAGUUCGAGGCGGCAAAUUGAUUUUAACGUAAGAAAUGUAAUUCGAUGCUUUUGUUGAUUAUUUAUUUUCAAUUCCAGUGAUAAGCAAAGGAUGUAG